CUCUGUAACUAAACCGGAAGUUGCAGUCAGCUGAUAUUCUCACAUGAUCUGUAUGAUCUGCAUGAUCUGUCAGUAAAAAAAAGGCUGAAUAUUUUCUCCGUUUCUCGGUUAAAUCUUAAUAUUUGAACGCUCCGCGAUGGCCGGCCGCGGGAAACUGAUCGCCGUGAUCGGUGAUGAGGACACUUGCACCGGCUUCCUGCUCGGUGGGAUCGGUGAACUCAACAAGAACCGAAAACCGAAUUUCUUGGUGGUGGAGAAGGACACUAGCAUCACGGAGAUCGAGGAGACCUUCAAGAGCUUCUUGGCGCGUAACGACAUUGGCAUCAUCCUGAUCAACCAGUUCAUCGCUGAGAUGAUCCGUCACGCCAUCGACGCUCACAUGCAGUCGAUCCCAGCCGUGCUGGAAAUCCCAUCCAAAGAGCAUCCGUACGACGCGUCCAAGGACUCCAUCCUGCGCCGGGCCAAGGGCAUGUUCUCAGCCGACGACUUCCGAUAAACAACAAACUGUCCAAACGCACAAACACACAGAACGUUUACACACUGUGUGAUUAAUAGAAAUGUCCCUGAGAUGUUGUUUUCCUGCACAGUGAUGGUGGAUUAUCUGUAUCAGUAACUGAACAUAUUGAUUUGUUCCUGUUCAUUCCACUUCACGUUGUUUUCAGUUUUUAUUUCUGCCUUUUGGAAACAAGUCUGGAAACAUUUUGCUUUAAUUUUCACUAAAAACAAUUUUUCAGGAAGUGGAGGAUAUUUCGAUUUACAUGUGACUGAGUCUCAUUCUGUCGCUUUUAGACAAAUAUAAAGUUUUCCUUCCUCUGCUGGAAAUAUCUCAUGUGAUGGAAAUUAUUACAAAAUGGAAACAGUGAUGUGUUGUUUUUUUGCUUUUUGUUUUUGUCUGGUCAGCCAGUUUGGGAUUGUUUAAAUAUAUUAACUUAUAAAAUAUAAUAGAUGUUGAGGAAAAUAAAUGCUCUUGUUGGCUGUGAA